AUGAAUGUGUCAUCUGGAAAUAGUAUCACCGAAGUGCCAGUAUGGCAGCCUGAUGAGGAAGUCACGGAAUGCGCGCUCUGCCAUGAAUCAUUCACAUUUUUCUUUCGAAGGCAUCAUUGUAGAAAAUGUGGCCGAGUAGUGUGUGGAUCAUGUUCGUCGAAACAUAUCAAUUACCUACCAAGAACGUAUGUGGUUUGUCCUCCUACUCAGAUUUUCUUGGAGAGUCCUCAUGUUCCUCAUCGGACUUGUGAUGAAUGUUCAGAGGAAUUGGAAAUGAUUCGCCACGCAUUAGAAGAAGCCACCACCAUUACUGAGGAUAAUCAUCAUAGAUUAUUAUUGGGCAAUGCCCAACAACAACAACAACAACAACAACAACAACAACAACAACAACAACAGCAGGGCUCUGGAUUCACAACGACGACGGUCCCGGUUGACGUUUCGAGAAAAAACAGUGAUGUUAGAGAAUCGACUUAUGCAGUGCAGAAUGAGAACGAUUAUUGUCCAAUUUGCAACGCCCGAAUUGCAGAGUUAUUGGAAAUCGAUAAGCUGGAACAUAUCACCGAGUGUCUUGAAAAAGCGCAGUUUUCCGGAUCUCCUGAAGUAUCAAGGUCUCCUAACAGGAUGAUCGUGUACCGAUUACCCAAGAACUUCACUGGGGUGUCGAUAUUAUCUCCUAGCCGUCGAUGGAAACCACUGUCAAGAAAUACUAAUAAUAAUAAUAAGGAGGAGGACGAGGACGGGGACAAUGGCGACGAUGCCAUCCUUACUGCUGCAUCGGUUGAUAGUGGUGGUGGUGGUAUCCAUGAACAAUUGGACAACCCUCAGAAGUUGAUGUCGCAUGAAAUCAUUCCAGAAGAAGAAGAAGAAAACAAUGAUGAUUACAAUGAUGAUGAUGUCGGGUCGAUCAAUGAAUGUUGUAUUUGUUUAGAAGAGUUCCAUCCGAAUGAUAAGGUUAGCAGACUAGAAUGUCUAUGUAUGUUCCAUUACAAAUGCAUCACCGAUUGGUUCAGAAGAAGCGGUCCUGGAGAAUGUCCGGUCCAUGCGGUGCAUUCAUGA